GACUAUUGGUCAUACGUGUCAUCUAAAUCCAGCCCAUCCUAUAUCAAAUCAGUCAUUAAUCAGCUUCGUUUCGGUGCCCAUCUGUACAUAAAGGAUUUAUUUAUUUAAUUAUUGAACUAUUUUUCAUCGUCGUUUUGGAUUUUGUGGAGAUAUUUGUUUAUUUUUGAACUGAUGCACUUGCGGAUGUUGACCUAAAAAGUUCGGGAAAGUUUAGCUGUUUUCCAAACUUCAGAGAACUAUGCCUAGAAAGCAAGCGAUCGUUGCACGGAAAUGUUUUCCAACUUAUGUGAAACAGGAGCUGGAUGAGACUCUAAUUGCACCACAAGUUUUGACAGAUUCUGUAUUUUGUAAUCAACAGACAGUGAAUGUGAAAAUCGAACCGACAGAAAUUAUCCCAAGUGUAUGGGGAACAACUCAGUGUAGUUUGGGUUUGACACCUCAAGGUUCAACACAAUCGCCGAUUGACUGCAAGCCGAUAUUAGGCAGACCACAGAAUCAUCAAUUUCAGGCCAAGAGGAAAUUAGAAUUGGAGCCUGACUCAAUACAGCAAGAAGGUUUCAAGACACCCAAGUCAUGUAAAAGAAGGGGACGUUAUUCCAGUGAUUCGUCAAGUCCGAGAAAUAGUCGAGUUCCAUGUAGUAGUUUGGACCAGUUAUGGAAAAGUUGUUCGAGGUCUCCAUUAGAAAAAACUCGAUAUGAUACUUCACUGGGUCUGUUGACAAAGAAAUUUGUUGGUUUAUUACGCAGUGCUACUGAUGGUGUGGUGGAUUUAAAUAAAGCUGCUGAACUCCUAGAAGUCCAGAAACGUAGAAUUUAUGACAUAACCAAUGUGCUAGAAGGAAUCAGUUUGAUUCAGAAAAAAUCUAAAAAUAACAUUCAAUGGAAGGGAGCAACUAAUUCUAUAGCAGCUAAUACCUCUUUAACAACUGUGAUAUCUACUGAUGCUGUAGACUUACAUUCAGAUAUAGCUGAUCUGGAUGCAAAAGAGAAUCGGCUAGAUGAAGCCAUUAAGAAUUGUACAAGACAAUUAAAACUCUUGACGGAAGAUCGUGAUAAUGCGAAACAGGCAUAUGUAACGUAUCAAGAUAUAAGAAGUUUAAAAUCUCUUGAUGAACGAACUGUUAUUGCUAUUAAAGCGCCACCUGAAACUAGACUUGAAGUACCUGAUCCCUCUAAGAUUUGGUUAAAAAGUCAGAAAGGACCUAUUGAUGUUUUCUUGUGUCCGGAAGAUAUGCCAGAAACUGAUGUGUCAUCGAGUGAGAAGAACAGUGAUUUUGCUCCUAGUACCGACCCUAGUUGUACGUCUCGGACUCUAGAAGAAUCUUUCUCAGAAGAUUCUGUUUCUUCUGAUGGCUAUAAAGCAUCUCGAGGUAUUAAGAAUGCUUUAUUAGAAGAUGAAGACAUUUCACCAGAGAAUAACUUCAAUCUCUUACAACAGACGGAAGAUCAAAUCAUAGACACGCCCUUCGUUCAGUUGGAACCACCAAUAGAUCUAGAAGAUUAUAUCUUCGGACUCGAUGGCGAGGGAAUAUCUGACUUAUUUGAUGUAUACGAUAUUCCAACUAAUAUUUAAGCGAAUGCAUGUUCUGUAGAGUGUGGGUGUUUGACCAUUUGUUAUUUAUAUAUAUAUAUAUCUAUAUUAUAUAUACGCGUUAUUCUUGUAAAUUAUAGCCGGGUCACUUCUGGUUUCAUUUUGCUUUACGUAAUUUUAAUUGGAUACUUUAAGGUACCAUCAUAUUAUUUGGAUGAUUCUCCUCCAGAUGAAGCGAGUUGGGUGGCCGAAUGGUUUAGCGCGUACACUUUCGAUCAUAAGGUCCUCUGGAUUCCUCUAUCGGAUAAAGACCCCUAUGUGAAGUUGAAUUAUUAAAUAAAUUUGAACCAUAUGUUAGUCCCAUAUUGUUGAGUGGAGUGGACUUAAACACUAUGUCUCUCUCGCUCUCCUCCAGACAAUUUCAAGUUUCUUGAUUAGGAUAAAGUCUGCGUCCCACCCAACUCUAUGGCUAUAUUUUUUUUUUAAACCUGAUAUGUACAUCUUAAAAGAUUUUUUAACUAAUUCCAUUCAUUGCGUAUUGCAAAUUAAACCGGCACGCGAUUCUGAACUACAAUAUUUUUUUUUUUAUUAUAAUAUACAAGGCAUCUUUUGUUGAUGUUUUCCUGUAAAUCAUGGUAACAUAUUCUACCCAUGGAUAAAGUCCUGGGUGAACAUGUCCACGAGUCUCAUUUUAGACCUUCAUUCAUUGGACAACAUUGCGACGUUCAAAGUAUGAAGGGUCUUGAAAUAAAAUUAGAAUUACUCGAUCGUGCAUUUAUUGAAAGAUAACUGGUUGAAAAAUAAGCUGGUUUCAAAAUCAAAUAGUGCUAAAAAUAUUAAAGGAUCACCUUGUAUAUAGUGUCAUCUGUGGUCCCUCUCAUGUUAUUGAGGAAAUUGCCUUGUUAGUCUUUAUGUUCCUUAUUGCUAAUAAUUUUUACAGGAUUUGAUAUAUUUAUUAUGAGAAAUACACAUCGUCAUCAAUGUUUAAUAUCAAUUAUAACAAUAACUGAAGUCACUGGCAAGGCUUGCCAAGAGACGCUAAUGAUAAGUCCGCUUUCACACUGAAAAACAGCUUGCUAUCGCUCUUUUGCAAUCUGCCUUGAAUAGACAAUAUUUCUUUAUCUGUUGUAUAUUUUCUGAAUUAUAUUUAAUUUAAGAGACUUUGUAAAGCGAAACCUAAAAAUUAAAUUUGAUUUCAUAGCAUGAAUGAAUAUGUAAAUAUUAUUUAUCUCAUGGGUAAGAAUUGAUAUUCAGUAAUUGAUUCUAGAAAUCCUGUUAUACCUACUGCUAAAAAUUUAUAUAUGUAUGCAAAUAAAUGGAAUAUUUAGAAGGUUGAAAGAAAAUAGAAUUGAGUUUUUAAAUUACAAUGUUGAUUUAUAUUUUACUUGAAUACAUGUAAUUUAUAAUUUUGGAACACUAAAGAUCUGAAAUUUACGAUUUGUGUAGAUAAUUUUGAAAGUAUCAAACUAGACUUAUUUACAUUUGAUAUAAAUCCAAAAUAGCUAUUGUUAAAAUUCAGAUGAAACUUUGUUUAUUUAUGUAAUAGAAACUUAAAAUAAUUCUCAUGGAUUUUGUUAAUAUUUGAUAGCCAGAAUUAUAACUGCAUGAAAUUAAUUGGUAUCUCUGGUGUUCUAAUCCAGUGUCACUUGUUCAGUAAAUGAUAAUGGUAGAGAUUUCUUUCAUCCAGUUCAGAUAUAUGUUGAAGUAGCUUAGAUAUUUUGAUUCUACAAUAUCAGAUUUUAAAAACUAGAGUUAUAGGGUUGCAGAAGUUCAUAAACAUGUAAUGUAUAUAUACUCAAAUAGUAAGUCCAAAAGGACUACACUAGAAAGAACAGACAUUAACAAUAAUUAGUCAUAAAAUGUGUUCAUUAAAACCAAAGUCAAAAAUGCCUCAAAUUAAAAUUAUUUUCUUAUAAUAAAAAAUCAUAUUUAUACUCAGAUGAUAAUUUUAAUAGAUUAAUUAUUUUGAAGAGAAUUUAUUUAUACAAUACUAACAAAAGUGCCUUGUGAGAAAAUGUCUCAUUAUUUAGUAUUAGAAAAUUACAUUGAUUAUGUAGCUUACAUAUUGUUAAUUAUCUGAUAGGAUUGUUAAAUGUAAUACCGACUUGUCCACUGCCAUGAUUUAGAUACUGUUAAUUGCAAUACUCAUUCACUUCCAUGAUUUAGAAACUGUUAAUUGCAAUACACUCAUUCACUUCCAUGAUUUAGAAACUGUUAAUUGCCAUACACUCCCAUGGUUUAUAUACUGUUAAUUGCAAUACACUCUUUCACUCCAAUGGUUUAGAUAAUGUUAAUUGCAAUAGACUUGUUCACUUUAUGGUUUAGAUACUGUUAUUUGCAACACACUCUUUCACUGCCCUGAUUUAGAAACUUGAUAAUUGCGAUACAGACUCAUUCAGUCCUGAUUUAAAAACUAUUUAUUGUGAUACAGACUCAUUCCCUGCCAUGAUUUAGAAACUGUUUAUUAAUUGCAAUAUAGACUUGUUCACUGUCAUGAUUUAGAAACUAUAAUAUUUAUAAUACAAUAAUUAAUUGCAAUAUAAACUUAUUCACUAUCAUGAUUUGAAACUGUUAAUUGCAAUAGAGACUUGUUCACUGCCAUCAUUUAUUAACUGUUAAUUGCUAUACAGACUCGUUCACUGCCAUGAUUUAGAAACUCUUAAUUAACUGCAAUAUAGACUUGUUCACUGCCAUGAUUUAGAAACUGUUAAUUGCAAUACAGACUCGUUCACUGCCAUGAUUUAGAAACUGUUAAUUGCAAUACAGACUCGUUCACUGCCAUGAUUUUUAGAAACUGUUGAUUGCAAUAUUGACGUGUUCACUGCCAUGAUUUAGAAACUGUUAAUUAAUUGUGAUAUAGACUUGUUCAAUGCCAUGAUUUAGAAACUAUAAUAUUUAUAAUACAGACUUGUUCACUUAUUCUGCCACAUAAUUCUCAAAAAGUUAAAUAGAUGACUAUUGUCCCUUAGAAACUGUAUUGAAUCAAAAUGUAUAAUUAUCUAUUAGAAAGCCAUCUAUAUUUUUUUUACACAGUCCUUAAUCUUGCUACAUGUAUUAUAUUUUUUAAUGCCUGAAAAAUUUACUCCCCUUAAAUUUUGUGUGAAUAAUGAAAUAUUUUCAUUUGUGUACCUAAUAAAAUUAACAUAAUGUUAAAAUAUUGUAAAUGUAAUAAUAUAUUAUGUAGAGUAAUACACAUAUAUUCCAAUUACAUCAAGUUUCAUCCAAACCUAAUACGACUUCAUUUAACUUCAAAUUUCUAUGUGAGAUUUCAUCUUUUGGAGCAUUGUCAACAAAAGGCAUAUUCUGGUUCUCGAUAAUCUGUUGGUUGCGUACCUGAGAACCAGAAUAUUUCUCUCACAGCCAUAGUUAUUGCCUCAAAAAAUCUUGAUGAGACCAUAUUUUUGUUCAUCAAAGAUUUCAUGUUUAUCAUAAGAAUGCAUUUAUUUUUGUAUGUUUUCUUUUAUUAUUAAAACUUUUUUCAAACAUCUAAAAGGGGGCCAAAUAUCAUUUUGUUGAUAACUGUCAUUGUGAAUACCAUACUGCCUAAUCAUUAUUUGUUAUUUUAUUUUUUUCCAUUUUGAUAGAAUAGUUAUUUUAUUAUUGAAUUAAAUAUUGAAAAUAAUUAAAUUUAUGUAAUUUUGAAGAUUAACAUGUGAAUAUUAUUGUUAGUUACAUCGUAUACCACAUCUAUUUAGUUUUUUCACAUUUAUUCCUUACUCACAAGUCAGAAAGUGGAGUUUUAGAAAAAUCAAAUUCCCUACAGUUGUCAACGCUCACUUGAUACUGUAGCCAAUAUUGUGACACGGUCAAGUAGACCCGUUAUCAAAAUCAUUCAUUAGAUGCUUCCAGUGAUUAUUGAUGGUCAUGAACACUACAUGGUCCUUGUCUGACGGAAAGUUGCCAAAACCUUGUAUGUAGGACUGCAUUUUAUCAACCAAUAUUUCAUAAUUAUUUAAAUGGCAACAGACUAUUGGCCAUUCUGAUCGAAACAAAUUAUGGUUAUUUUGAUUUUGAGAGAAGAUUCCCUUUACUUGAUUUUGAAUUGAUCUGUCGUAGAAUGGUUAUAAACAUACUUUAAACAAUGUUUUUCAUAUUAAUAUUUCAAUUAAACACUGCCAUAAAUUUGCUGAAUAGUAUAUUACCAAUAUGCUAGAUUUAAGAUUUCUCGCUGAAUGAUGGAAAACCUUAAGAUAAAUUCCCCAACCCUUGCCCAAUACCUUUCCUUAGUCUACUUUUCAGUUAGAUCAUAAAUAUUUGCAAAUCCGAUUUAGAAAUUAUCUGUUUUGUUACAGACACUGCAUCAGACUAAUAUACAGUCUAUUGAAAUUGUUAUAUAUCUAAAUAUAUAUAUAUAUAUAUAUUCUAUUUGAAUUUAAUGUUCAUUUUGUUUUUGUCUCUGAAUAAACCUUGAUAAAUGUUAUUAAUAAUUACACUACUGAAAAUCCAAUAAAAAGAACAAGACCUCAAAUUAUGUAUCUUAACUUUAUUUGAUAUUUAUGUAAACAUGGUUUUUGGUCACAACUUGCAUUUGUGAUAUUUACCAAUUCGGAAUAACUGACUUUGGCAUAACUGGCUUUUUCAAAACCUGACUUCUGCAAUAAUAAUUACAGAUUGUGUUUGUGAACACCAAGAGCAAUGCCAAAAACUUGAACACCGCCCCCCCUUCCCUCGGGAUUGCUGGAAUCCUCCAUAAAAUUUGUUAGAAAAAUGUUGAUGGUCAUAAUCCAUUGUUAUCCCCAGCCAGUCAUUAAUAUUUCUAUUCACAGAACAAUGUGGAUUGUUUAACAGAAAGGGUUAAUAUUUCAUAGUACUAUGUAUUAUGAACCCUUAAUAAUUAAAUAUAUGCUCUGCAAUAAUAAUUGAAGGCAGCUUUUCUAAAAUAAAAAAAAAAUGGCAUUUUCAUAAUUACAAUGUAUGUAAAUAUUAACUGACAUUCACAGAAUAUUUAAAACUUUUGUUCAGUUAAAGUAGAAUUCUUAGUUUGAAGACCAGAUAAAAAUUGGUGGUCACAACAGCGCAUGUUACUAAACUUAUCUGGUUUCCAUUCAUAACUUUUUUAUCUGGGCUAAAGAGAUAACAUCAAUAGUUUAACAGCCUUUUCUUUAAACAAAAAAAAAUGUAGAUUUGUUAAAUUAUUUUGUAUGAUUUAAAGGAGCUAAACCUCUUUGAUUUAGGUCAAAAUAAAGUUCUGACCUAAUUAUAGUAAUAACUCAUGUUAAUCUAUACAAGAUUGCCAUGGUGUUGAAAAUCACUCGUUUUAUAAUUUGCUUUGAUGGAUGGAGGUUGGAAAAAUCAUAAAAUACGAUUUUGACUUAUAUUCCACAUCACAUAACAAUUUAUCCCCAGUAAAAUAUGAUUGGGUUGACCUGGUGUGUUAUUUCAAAUAGGGAUGAAGCAAUCUAAAUAGUAUAUCUGAUAAAACUCUUCUUUGAAAUAUUAAGCAAAAGCCAGUUACUUUCAUAAGUUUUGUUUCACUUUUUGCUGAAUGUACAUGUAGACAAAAAUCCACUGGUUAAGAAUUUAAUUAAAUUGACACUUGUAUUUGUUUACCCAAAUCAAAGAGGUCCAGGCAAUUUAAAUAUAAAAUACAAAAAUAGAUGCUUUGUAAAUAAAGAGUGUGUCCAUUAUUUUAAUUUGAAUAUUUAUGUGGUAGGUUAGAUUAAAAGCAUGUAAUUUAUUUAUACUUUAAUUAUUUUUUUUCUGAAAACCUUUCAUAUUUAAAAAUAUAUAUUCCAUAUUUAGCUGUAUGGAAGAAAAUGAAAUAAGUACAAGACCAUUUAAAAUAUUGUGUGUAUUGAGAAGCAAUAUUGUUAUUUAUUAGAGCAACACCAUUUAAUCUUUGCCUGGAGAUAAAGCAUACUAUAUUCACUGUAAAAACAUUGAUUCUCACAAACCUAGACAUCAAUUGCAGUGUUUGAAAACUUUUAAAUUAGUAUACUACCAAAUUUAUAGAGCAACAACAACAAUGGGUAUUAUUUAAAGCUCCAAUAGAAAAAUCCAUAAACAUUCCCUUAUUUCAAAUUGAAAUAAUGUCUCAUUUUUAUUCAUAAGAUUUGAAAUUCAAAAUGUAAUUGGGAAAAAACUCCACGAUUUGUGCCUGCAAAAUUCAGAAUUUUGAUCAUAUACAUACAAUAACUCUUGACUUAACAGUCCCUAUUGAAUCAGUUUUUGGACAAUUAUGUGUGUAUAGAAUGUAUUGUUGAUAUAUUAAUGAACCAGCUUUGUUUUUGUGUACAUUAUAUUGUAAUAUUCAUUAAUAUUUUUGAAAAGAAAUUAUGAAAUAUUUUUCAUUUUGUCAGAAAUAUCAUCAGAAUUAAAUAAUAAAACAUACUUCAACGUAAAUAUUAAUUAUGAUAGUUUCAAAAGUUAUAAAAGUCAUCAAUAUUUCAGUGUAACUCUGGGUAUGUAAAAUAAGAGAUUAAAUUGUGCAGGGUAGGCUGAUAUCCGCAUUAUUUUAUUACUAAAAUUUACCUGUGUUUUAUACAAACUGUUAACUGUUACUAGUUUUUCAUUAUGAAUAUUGUUGACAUCAGAAAGGGUUAUUUAUAUUUGAAAUGAAUAUUGUUGACAUCAAAAAGGGUUAUUUAUAUACUAUUCAAAAAAAGUAGGGGAUAUUUGAUUUUUAAGUGUUAUUAAAGUCACCUAAUGAAACUGACGAAGAAACAAAUGACAAAAUGAAAUGAAGUUCACAUUCAUCGAUUUAUUCCAAAUAAUCGUUAGACUAAGUAAGGCACAGACUGACCAUUAUAAGGGUAAAAUGAUACCCGGGGUCAAACAGCAAAGUUACCACAGCAUCACAACCAAGUCAGUAACGGGUAAAUCCUCCUGUUUGCCAAACAAGCAUUGGUCCGACGUGGCAUACUCCUAAUGAGACGUCUAAGGUCAUUUUGGUCCAGAUUGUCCCAUUCCUGUUGCAACGCAGCAGCAAGUUCUUGGACAUUGGCAGGACGUUGUUGACGUUGACGUAACCUGUCCAAGCAUGUCCCAGACAUGCUCGAUGGGGGAGAGGUCGGGACUCAGUGCUGGCCAAGGUAAUGUGGUGAUGUUCUGUUGUUGGAGGUAACCUGUAACGAUCCUGGCCCAGUGACAUCUUGCGUUGUCAUCCUGGAAGAUGAAACGGCGGCCAUGACGUCGUGCAAACGGCACAACAUGGACUGCCAAGAUGUUGUCCCGGUAGUACUGGCCUGUAACACGCCCUGCAACAACAUGUAAAGCCGUUCUUCCAGCAACAGUGAUGCCUCCCCACACCAUAACAGAACCACCCCCAAAUCGAUCAUGUCUGAUGACGUUAACGUCUUGGAAGCGCUCGUUUCGACGACGCCACACCCUCCUACGUCUGUCCAAAAAAUCAACAGUGAACCUUGACUCAUCUGAAAACAUCACAUUGCUCCAGCGUCGAUUAUCCCAGUGUUGACGAUCCCUACACCAACGACGUCUUGCCUGAAUGUGAUGAUCUCUCAAAGAAGGGAUCACGCGAGGACGUCGGGCGCGAAGGUGACCCCUAUGCAGUCAAUUCCGAAUCGUCUGGCCACUCACUCUCACACCAGUGUCUGUUUGAAGACGAGCGCUGAUCUGAUUUGCUGUGAUGACACGAUUUCUCAAGGCCAAGGUACGAAUAAAUCGAUCCUGGGCUUGAGGUGUCGCCCUUGGUCGACCUGAGCGUGGUCUGUCCUGUACAGAUUGUGUAUCACGGUAUCUGGACCAUAGCCUGCUUAUGACAGACUGAGAAACAUUCAUCGUCCGCGCCACAACCGCCUGUGUUGUGCCGAUCUGUAGCAUGCCAAGGGCACGUAACCUUCAUUUUGGGUAAGCCGACGCAUAUCAAAAUUUGUUUUCUGGUCACUAAAACAAUUAAACUGAUGUUUCCACCCUGGAAUUCAAUGCCACAAUGACUGUAACAUUCAACGUCAGAGUCGUGCAAAUCUUGGGUUGGACCCCCAUGAUGAUCACAAGCAUCACCUGCAUUCCAUGCGGUAGCUAUUGGUGCGUUUGGGCGUCACAUGUAACUGGAAAUGUUUCUUCUGUUAGGUUCUAUAGUGACUUUUUUCGUAGUCAUUUGCAUAUUUUAGUAUUAUGCCCCCAAAAUCAAAUAUCCCCUACUUUUUUUGAAUAGUAUAUUUGAAAUGAAUAUUUUGUUAAAAGAAUCAAUUA